AUGAUUGGAUGUGACAUGUGCGAUGUGUGGUUUCACGUCGAUUGUGCUGGUAUCACGAGUGAGAACACGGAUCCAAACAAAAGCUGGCGCUGCGAGCAAUGUUUUAAUGACGAGGUGACCGAGGUUGCCAGUAAUACUAGCCGAAAAACCACGAUGACGUCAAGCAGCGUCAAUGCGCGACGGGCUGAGUUGGCACUAAAGCUGCUCGAAGAACAACAAGCGUUGCUGAAAAGGAAUCGGGAAAAGGAGGAUGAAUUUCGUCGGAAGGAAGAAGAAGUACAGAAGAAGAGAGCAGAGGAAGAUGCUAAGCUGCUCAAGCAGAAACAUGAGCUGCUGCAAUCGUUAGAAGAUAGGAACGGGAGCAAUAGAAGCGAGAUCAGCAGUAGGGCUAGCCGAAAGAUGGUUCAGUCGUGGCUCGGUGGAGGUGAAAUGCCGCUAGCUGAGAAGCCACAGCCAUUUGAACAAGGAGCACCGUUAACUAUGCCAAUAUCUGCUAUAGCAACAGCUACGCUUCCUCCUACUUCGGGCCAGCAGUCGGGUGCCGAUAGCCUUCUUAACAAGAAUGCAGCAACGAACAUUAUCGUUCCCAAAUCGACGUCGACACCGCAUGCUACGACAAAUGCUGCUAACAAUAAUUCAUCGGUCCCUCUAACGAAUGUGUCACACCAAGCGGUAACUAGUACGUCGUAUGCUAAUUGGGGUGGGAACUAUCCUGGGGUAGUAAUAAAAUCUUCGUCCGGCAUUCCGACGAAUUGCGAAUUGUAUUCAAACGCAACAAAAGUCUCGCAUACAAAUACUUAUCCCUGGGGCUUUGGUGCUGCAUCGGUGGUUCCCUAUUCAACCGGGAACUGUGGCAGUCAGCUUACGAUCCAUGCUGCUGGUACUUCCAAACCGUUGGUCUCUAGAUAUGGAAGUAUCUGGGGAGCACCAAUACCUCCGGUCAACAAUUCCGGGGAAACUGGUCCUUUCGGGUGUGUAUCAAGCACAGUGCAAACGAGUUCGCAACCCACAACGGGCAUGCAUUGCCCUAUUCAGCGUCAACCUGUUCCAGUGGUAUCUGCCGCUUCCGUUCCAGUAACAAUGACAGGAGUCUUUGGACAAACACAACACGUUCCCCGACUGUACGGAAAUCUGAAUCCCGUGGUUGCUACUACAAAUGUGGGUGAUUCGGAACAGCAGCAGAUGGCUGGAUCGCAUUAUCAAGUGCCAUCCAAUAUGCAGCAGUUACACAUGCCCUUACACCACGUACCUUCCGGUGAGCAAAUAGCGGCGCGACAUGUGAUGCAACGUGAUUUGCCUACAUUCUCCGGUGACCCACAAGAUUGGCCAAUGUUUCUCAGUUCGUUUCAAAGUUCAACGAUGGCUUGUGGGUAUACCGACGUGGAGAAUCUUUCCAGAUUACAACGCUGCUUAAAGGGACAAGCACUUGAAUCAGUGAAAAGUCGUCUGCUGUUGCCUCAAUCGGUGCCGCACGUGAUGGAGACACUACAGAUGCUGUAUGGACGACCAGAAAUAUUAAUUCACUCCCUACUGCAGAAAUUGCGAAGCGUUCCAUCGCCAAAGGCUGAAAAUUUGCAAUCUAUUAUAACCUACGGGUUGGCCGUACGCAAUCUUGUCGAUCACAUGUUCGUAGCAGAUCUGGUGGAACACUUGCGCAAUCCAAUGUUGGUGCAUGAGUUGGUUGAGAAGCUUCCGCCACAAAUGCGAAUGCAAUGGUCCUGGUACAAGCGCACAAUUUUGGACGUGAACUUGGCAACUUUCGGUGAUUUCAUGUCGGAGUUGGUGAAGACAGCGACAGAUGUAACGGUCCCUGGAGAUAAUUCUAACAAGCAUGUCAACGCAGUACGAGAGCAACAGAAGCUGUACGCUCACGCAGAAGCAGAGGGUCUCCAAUCAGCAGAAAUGACGGCGAACAAGCCAACACAUUUAGGUGAUUCACUAUUGUUGAAGAGAUUAUGCGCCUACUGUUCGGACGAUACUCAUGAAGUAGCGCGAUGUCCUCAGUUUAAGAGUUUAGAUAUUGACGGGAGGUGGAAGGCGAUUCGGUCCAAAGGACUCUGCAGAACGUGUCUGAUUCCGCAUCGAAAGUGGCCAUGUCGUUCAGGGAAAGAGUGCGGAGUAGAUGGUUGCCGGUUCCGACAUCAUGGUUUGCUACAUUCCCGAGCGGUGAUGGAGUCAGUCACUAAUCAUCCAACGGCCGGUGAAAACAUCGCGCGGCAGAAUCAUCAUUCUGGGACCAAUUUAUCUCUCUUUCGCUAUCUACCUGUAUCGCUCGAGGGGAAUGGAAAGCAAGUGGAGACGUUUGCAUUUUUAGACGAUGGAUGUGAGUCUACACUGAUGGAAGCCGGUCUUGCAGCGGAGUUGGACAUCAACGGCCCAGAGGAGUCUCUUUGUCUUGCAUGGACAGGAAAUAUAUCUCGAGAAGAAAAGGGUUCUCAACGAAUUUCAGUUGCCAUCUCCGGAACUGGACUAAAGAACAAAUUUCAAUUGAGCAAUGUGCGCACGGUACAGAAGUUGAAGCUUCAAGGUCAAUCAUUCAACUAUACCGAGCUUCAAAAGAUUUAUCCACACCUUAGAGGUCUUCCACUGGACAGCUACUCUGACGCGAUACCGAGGAUAAUCAUUGGCAUCGAACACGCGCAAAUGCUUACUACAUUGAGGGUACGAGAAGGAAAACCCAACGAACCAGUGGCAGCAAAGACGCGACUAGGUUGGUGCGUUUACGGUAAGCAGGUCGAUGGUAGCAGUUCUGUUAAGCGGUUGCAUGUCCACUCAGAGGAGAUCGGAAACCAAGAGCUGCACGAGUUGAUGAAGCAGUAUUACUGUGUCGAGGAGGCGGCGGUGGCUACACCUUUAGAAUCAGAAGACGACAAACGAGCACGCCAAAUCCUAGAGAACACAACACGAAGAGUUGGUAAAGGUUUCGAAACCGGGCUUCUGUGGAAAUAUGACCGGCCGUCGUUUCCAAAUAGCUAUCCACUUGCCCUGCGCAGAAUGCAAUCGUUGGAGAAGCGGCUCGCCAGGGAACCAGCUCUUCGUGAGCGAGUGAACGCACUGAUCGUAGAGUACGAGUCGAAAGGGUAUGCCCAUCGAAUCACACAAGAAGAGGAGGAGUCGACGAAUCUUGAUCGCGUGUGGUACCUGCCACUCGGAGUUGUGAGAAACCCAAAAAAACCCGAAAAGAUUCGCCUGAUCUGGGAUGCUGCAGCACGUGUAAACGGUGUUUCGCUAAACGAUAUGCUCCUGAAGGGGCCAGAUAUGCUCACGUCACUAUUCGCAGUUCUGCUGCAGUUUCGUCAGAGACCAGUUGCAAUUUGUGGGGACAUCAAAGAAAUGUUCCACCAAAUUAGGAUCAUCUCGCGGGAUAAGCAUUCACAGAGAUUUGUCUAUCGAAAGCAGCCUGAUCAGGUACCGACGGUCUUCGUAAUGGACGUGGCAACGUUUGGUGCGACGUGCUCACCGUGCUCCGCACAAUAUGUGAAGAACAUGAAUGCACAGGAUUUCGAACCCCUUUUUCCAAGGGCUGUCGAAGCGAUUCUCAAGGCCCAUUACGUUGAUGACUACUUGGAUAGCGUAGACACGAUUGACGAAGCGGUUCAGAUAGUAGAAGAGGUAAAACACGUUCAUGCGCAAGGUGGUUUCGAAAUAAGGAACUUCUCGUCCAAUUCAUCGGAGGUUCUGCGACGUCUAGGCGAGACCAAGGAUGUGCAGAAGAAAUCGAUGAUCCUAGAGAAGAUUUCGGAUUCGGAGCGCGUUCUAGGUAUGGUAUGGAGACCCGCAUUAGAUGUUUUCACAUUUGACACAACUUUGAAGGACGAUCUUGUUGUUCUACUGGCAGAAGAUUCAUUCAUUCCAACGAAACGACAGGUUUUAAGGCUCGUUAUGUCGCUGUUUGAUCCAUACGGGUUUAUAGCCCAUUUCAUCGUCCACGGCAAGAUUCUCAUGCAACAUAUCUGGAGAUCUGGCACAGAUUGGGAUGAAAAGAUUGUGGAAAGUCUACUGGAUCUGUGGAAUGACUGGACGCGACUUCUGAAAAACUUGAGUGAAGUGGAGGUUCCGCGCUGCUUCUUCGGCAAGAUGAGUAGUAAGCUACAUAGCGGCAUCCAACUUCACGUGUUUGUCGAUGCCAGUGAGUUGGCAUACGCUUGUGUCGCGUAUCUGCGGAUCGUACAAGAGGGAAAGGUUCGAUGUGUUCUUGUUGCAGCAAAGACGAAAGUGGCACCUCUAAAGUCGAUCUCCAUUCCCCGCCUAGAGCUGCAAGCAGGACUGAUAGGUGGUCGGUUGAUGGAGAAUAUAGGAACGGCCCUGAAUCUUCCUAUCGAAAAACGUUUUGUGUGGACUGAUUCCAGAACUGUUCUCUCGUGGAUUCGAUCGGAUAGUCGCCGUUACCACCAGUACGUGGGGUUUCGAGUUGGCGAAAUUCUGAAUGUAUCUACCGUAGAUGAGUGGCGUUAUGUUCCGUCUAAGCAGAACGUGGCUGACGAUGCGACGAAGUGGGGUUUCGGACCCAGUUUUAGCUUUAGCAGCCGUUGGUACAUUGGCGAGAACUUUCUCUAUUGUCCGGAGAACGAAUGGCCUACGCAACCAGUUAAGCAAUGGACGACAGAAGAAGAAUUGCGUGUCGUGUUUCAAUAUCAUCAGGAAUUGCCGCCACCACUGAUCGACGUGAGCAGGUUUUCGAGCUGGAAUCGUCUACUACGAACGACAGCGUACGUGCUGAGAGCAGUUAAGCUAUUCCGGAAAGGAAAACAGACUGGGCCACUGACAAGCGGUGAGCUGCGGCAGGCGGAAAAUUUAUUGUGGCGGCUGGCGCAAUUUGAAGUAUAUCCCGACGAGUACUGUGUGCUAGAGUUCAACAAAUCGAACCCAGAGAAGGAAAAACGACGCAUCGAGAAGUAUAGCCCGCUGUACGAGCAGUCACCGUAUAUGGAUGAUGAGGGUGUAAUAAGAAUGAACAGUAGGAUAGGUGCUGCACCAACGGUCUCAUUCGGGGCAAAAUAUCCUAUUCUGUUGCCAAAAGACCACAAAUUAACAGCUCUUCUCGUUGACAAUUAUCACCAACGCUUCAAACACCAAAAUCAGGAAACAGUAUUUAACGAGAUUCGUCAGCAAUUUCGAAUACCAAAGUUACGCCCACUGAUACAACGUGUGGCCCGAAGCUGUCUGUAUUGCAAAGUCCGAAAGGCAACACCAAAACCACCGAUGAUGGCACCGCUUCCGAGGGUUCGUUUGACACCCCAUAUUCGGGCAUUUAGUUACACCGGCAUUGACUACUUCGGUCCAAUCCAGGUGAAGCAGGGUCGUAGUUUGGUAAAGCGAUGGGUGGCACUAUUUACGUGUCUUACUACGCGAGCUGUACAUCUGGAGAUUGUACACAGUCUCUCCACUCAAUCAUGUGUGAUGGCAAUUCGUAGAUUUAUUGCUCGCAGAGGAUCUCCGUCGGAUUUAUACUCCGACAACGGAACCUGUUUCCGAGGAGCUAGCAACUUGUUAACGGAGCAGAUUAAAGCCAUUCACGAGGGCUGUGCAGUGACUUUCACCAAUGCACACACGAACUGGCACUUCAAUCCGCCAUCCGCACCUCACAUGGGCGGAUGCUGGGAGCGCAUGGUGCGCUCUGUGAAGGCAGCAAUGGGAGGCAUCUCAGAACAUUCUCGUCAUCCAAGUGAUGAGGUUCUGGAGACUGUGGUGCUGGAGGCAGAAUCAAUCGUAAAUUCCCGACCGCUAACCUACGUUCCACUCGACAAUGCUGAUCAAGAAGCGCUUACCCCGAAUCACUUCCUGUUGUACGGGUCAAGUGGUAUCGUGCAACCAAGAACACAGCUAGUGUAUGACGGCUCUGCGCUACGUGACAGCUGGAAGCUAGCACAGCAUCUAGCGAAUGAGUUUUGGAAGCGCUGGGUACGGGAGUAUCUACCAACGUUGACAAGGCGAACUAAGUGGUUCGAGCAUGUAAAGCCCAUAGAACCCGGGGAUGUGGUUAUUGUAGUUGACGAAAACAAGCGAAACGGAUGGUUGCGAGGACGCGUCGUGGAGAUCGUUCGUGGCAGGGACGGUCAGGUCCGGAGUGCAAAAGUGCGCACAACCGAUGAAGCAAAGGCUGGGAUUCCCGGAACUACACGGGAGGGAGAAUGUUGA